AUGGACAACAUUGGUGAUGAGUACAAACAUUACUGGGAAACCAGUAUGUUCCUCCAAAACGAAGAGCUUGACAGCUGGGGAUUGGAUGAGGCUUUUUCUGGGUACUAUGAUUCCAGCUCACCAGAUGGAGGAGCUUCUUCCAUGGCCUCCAAAAACAUUGUGUCUGAAAGGAACAGGAGGAAGAAGCUCAACGAAAGGCUCUUCGCUCUUAGAGCAGUGGUCCCCAAAAUAAGCAAGAUGGAUAAGGCUUCUAUAAUCAAAGACGCCAUUGACUACAUCCAGGAGCUUCAUGAACAAGAAAGAAGAAUUCAGACAGAGAUAGGGGAGCUAGAAUCUGGGAGAUCAAAGAAAAAUCUGGGUUCUGAAUUUGAUCAAGAGCUACCAGUCUUGUUGAGGUCAAAGAAGAAGAAAAUUGAGCAGCUCUAUGAUUCCGGAGGAUCGAGAACUUCCACCAUUGAAGUGCUUGAACUUAGGGUUACAUACAUGGGGGAAAAGACAGUGGUGGCUAGCUUGACAUGCAGCAAAAGAACGGACACAAUGGUAAAAUUGUGUGAGGUCUUCGAAUCUUUGAAGCUCAAAAUCAUUACAGCAAAUAUUACUGCUUUCUCUGGGAGAGUCUUGAAGACAGUCUUCAUUGAGGCAGAUGAAGAAGAAAAAGAUCAUUUGAAGAUUAAAAUUGAAACAGCCAUUGCAGCUUUGAAUGAUCCACAAAGCCCCAUGAGCAUAUAA